AUGUCGACGCACCAGCCAACGCCAACAAUCCUCCUCCCACACCUCCCGCCAAAGACCCUCGUCGGUAUUGACCUAAUAACCUUCACAUCAACCGCCAACUUCCAUGGAAUACGCGACCUCUCCCCAGGAUGGCACUUCCUCUACACCGGCGCAACAGAAACCCUAUCGCUCCGCAGCGGCGCAUGGUUCUACAUCGGUGACAUCAACACCGCAGGGAAGGGACUGGACGACACUGCGCUCGUCGCGCAAGCUCCGACCAAAAGCCAGGGCACACCAGGGCCGGAGAUCUACAUUUGGAAAUGGAGCGUAGAUACCGAGACACUUGUUUCACUGGGUGAGGAAAGCGAUACAGCUCGUCAGGAAGCUAUGCGCUACAAGGCGAAUCUGGGCGCUGUAUGGCAAAGUGGAGGGCUCUUCAAAUACCGCAGCCGAAUUGCGCCUUCUAUGCUCGUCAAGUCUGCGUCAACUGAAGAAGAUCAAAAAGACAAGGAAGACCAACCCCAGCCCCAAAUCGAAGCGCGGGUCCAGACGGAGGAUGAUGGCGAAACUGAAGAAAGUGGACGGAGGGAUUGGUCUGGGUUGACGAACCGGAUAUCGCCUAGUUUGUUAUCGCGCAUCAUUGGGAGCCCGGAGAUUGACGUUGAUGGUCAUCCACGAUGGCUAUUGACGUCUGCUUCGACGGCCAAUCGUGAUGCGGAUCAUAUUCCCGGCGUUGAUUCACCGGCAGAAACCAACGAGCCGGGGACGGGCGAGGAACCGGAACGAGAAUUUGGGUUCGUUCCAAUUGACCUGAAGCGGACGUGGAGAGAAGGCGCUGUUGGGCGUGAGAGAACGGAAGCCGCUCAGGACCGUUCUUGGGCUCUGGGAGAUCUGAUCGACCGGUACGCGGGAGAGGCUUCUGGGGAGAACCAGCUGCUUGGAGAGUUGCAGUUCACUUUCCUCAUGGUGCUGACUAUGAUGAAUUACUCGUGUCUUCAGCAGUGGAAACGGCUUCUUGAGCUUGUUCUCACAUCCCGGGCGGCAAUCGUGGACAGGGAGGAGUUUGUGAGCGAGGCUCUUCAAAUUUUGUCGUUACAAUUGCAACGAUGUGAUGAUGUUGAGGGUGGGCUGUUUGAAAUCGAUGGCGAUGAGGGUGGUUCUUUCGUCCGCAAUCUGCUCAUGAAGCUUCGUCAGUCGGUCGAUGACCUGUUUGACGAUGAGGCGGGUUCUAUGGUCAAACAGCAACUCGACGAACUUGAAGAAUGGGUGAAAGCGGAAUAUGACUGGGAUCUGCAUCGCGGGUCGGUUGUUCGUCAUGGUAUGCUUCAACUGGAAGACGGCGAAGAGGUUGAGAUGGAUUGGGAUGGAAAUGAUGAAGAGGAGGAGACUGGAGAGUAUGCUCCAGUGAUUGUUGAUAUGUGA